ACAAUCAGCUAGCAAAGGUUAUGCAGCGUGUGAACGUGAUCAUGGCAGAAUCACCAGGCCUCAUCACCAUCUGCCUUUUAGGAUAUCUACUCAGUGCUGAAUGUACAGUUUUUCUUGAUCAUGAAAAUGCCAACAAAAUUCUGAAUCGGCCAAAGAGGUAUAAUUCAGGUAAAUUGGAAGAGUUUGUUCAAGGGAAUCUUGAGAGAGAAUGUAUGGAAGAAAAGUGUAAUUUUGAAGAAGCACGAGAAGUUUUUGAAAACACUGAAAAAACAACUGAAUUUUGGAAGCAGUAUGUUGAUGGAGAUCAGUGUGAGUCCAAUCCAUGUUUAAAUGGUGGCAGUUGUAAGGAUGACAUUAAUUCCUAUGAAUGUUGGUGUCCAUUUGGAUUUGAAGGAAAGAACUGUGAAUUAGAUGUAACAUGUAACAUUAAGAAUGGCAGAUGCAAGCAGUUUUGUAAAAAUACUGCUGAUAACAAGGUGGUUUGCUCCUGUACCGAGGGAUAUCGACUUGCAGAAAACCAGAAGUCCUGUGAACCAGCAGUGCCAUUUCCAUGUGGAAGAGUUUCUGUUUCACAAACUUCUACGCUCACCCGUGCUGAGACUGUUUUUCCUGAUGUGGAAUAUGUAAAUUCUACUGAAGCUGAAACCAUUUUGGAUAACAUCACUCAAAGCACCCAAUCAUUUAAUGACUUCACUCGGGUUGUUGGUGGAGAAGAUGCCAAACCAGGUCAAUUCCCUUGGCAGGUCGUUUUGAAUGGUAAAGUUGAUGCAUUCUGUGGAGGCUCUAUCGUUAAUGAAAAAUGGGUUGUAACUGCUGCCCACUGUGUUGAAACUGAUGCUAAAAUUACAGUUGUCGCAGGUGAACAUAACAUUGAGGAGACAGAACAUACAGAGCAAAAGCGAAAUGUGAUUCGAAUUAUUCCUCAUCACAACUACAAUGCAACUAUUAAUAAGUACAACCAUGACAUUGCCCUUCUGGAACUGGAUGAACCCUUAGUGCUAAACAGCUAUGUUACACCUAUUUGCAUUGCUGACAAGGAAUACACGAACAUCUUCCUCAAAUUUGGAUCUGGCUAUGUGAGUGGCUGGGGAAGAGUCUUCAACAAAGGAAGAUCAGCUUCAGUUCUUCAGUACCUUAGAGUUCCACUUGUUGACCGAGCCACAUGUCUUCGAUCUACAAAGUUCACCAUCUAUAACAACAUGUUCUGUGCUGGCUUCCAUGAAGGAGGUAGAGAUUCAUGUCAAGGAGAUAGUGGGGGACCCCAUGUUACUGAAGUGGAAGGGACCAGUUUCUUAACUGGAAUUAUUAGCUGGGGUGAAGAGUGUGCAAUGAAAGGCAAAUAUGGAAUAUAUACCAAGGUAUCCCGGUAUGUCAACUGGAUUAAGGAAAAAACAAAGCUCACUUAAUGAAAGAUGGAUUUCCAAGGUUAAUUGAUUGGCACUGAAAAUUAACAGGGCCUCUCACUAAUCACUUUCCCAUCUCAUUAUAUUUGAAUAUAUACAUUCUAUGAUUAUUGCUUUUUCUCUUUACAGGGAAAAUUUCAUGUUUUACCUGAGCAAAUUGAUUAGAAAAUGGAAUCACUAGAGGAAUAUAAUGUGCUAGGAAAUUAUAGCCAUUUCUAAGGGCCCAGCCCUUGACAAAAUUGUGAAGUGAAAUUCUCCACUCUGUCCCUCAGAUACUAUGGUUCUCCACUAUGGCAACUAACUCAUCUGAUUUUCCCUCCUUAGCAGCAUUCCAUCUUCCCGAUCUUCUUUGCUUCUCCAACCAAAACAUCAAUGUUUAUUAGUUCUGUAUACAGUACAGGAUCUUUGGUCUACUCUAUCACAAGACCAGUACCACACUCAUGAAGAAAGAACACAGGAGUAGCUGAGAGGCUAAAACUCAUCAAAUACACUACUCCUUUUCCUCUAUCCUAUUCCUGAAUCUUUUACCUUUUCCAAAUCCCAAUCCCCAAAGCAGUUUUUAUCUUUCUUACUCCCUCUCUCCCUUUUACCCUCCACAGUCAUUAAAGGAGAGAUGGGGAGCAUCAUUCUGUUAUACUUCUGUACGCAGUUAUACAUGUCUAUC